AUGGAGAGGAUUCACGCAGUCGUUGCAGCUGGCAUGCUCGUUGUGUUGGGUGCAGGAAAUAAGCAUAUGGACAUGGACAAGGUCAAGUACUAUCCUUGUUCCGGCCGUGAACUACUCAGCGAAGGAGUUAUCUGUGUUGCAGGAACAAAGGGUGCCAAAAUGCAGCUUUACGACGGAAAUCUUGGUGGGUUGUAUGGCGCCGGUACGGGCACUUCGGCUGCCGCUGCCAUCGUAGCAGGUAUUGCUGGGAUGCUCUACACAGGGUGUUCUCUUUUGGCGUUUUCAAAGUGA